AUGUCUUGGGACACCCAAUCCACGAGCUCAACGAGCUCCGAAUAUCUGAGCAUUACCCCAGAUACAUCUCCCUUCUCUACUCCUUCCUCUCCGAUAAGCGAGAACUCUGAUUGCGCCGACGUUAUCGACUUUGCUGCAUACGGACUUUCCCCCAUCCCCCAUCCCGCAGUUCCUUUGGAGGUGGACGACGCCGAUGCCAACACCCCGGAUAGGUGGGUUCGUCGUGAGCCCAGCAUGGUUCGACUCACGGGGAAACAUCCAUUCAACUCUGAAGCGCGACUCGACAAGCUCUUCGCUGCAGGCUUUCUUACUCCCACCUCCCUCUUUUACGUACGAAACCAUGGAGCUGUCCCUUACGUAGACGCUGAUCGGGCCGCGAAUUGGAGAUUACGUAUUCAUGGAUUGGUCGAGCGUGAAGUCGAGUUUUCGAUCGACGAUCUGAAGAGAAAAUUUCGGACCGUGACUCUCCCCGUCACGCUGGUCUGUGCAGGAAACAGACGGAAAGAGCAGAACAUUGUCCAGAAGAGCGUUGGAUUUAACUGGGGUCCAGCUGCUGUCUCCACUGCGCUCUUCACGGGCGUUUACCUCGCCGACGUCCUCAAAUACGUGCGCCCUUUCCGCCCCAUGGCAAAGCAUGUCGUAUUUGAAGGGGCCGAUACCGAUUUGCCCCACGGACCGUACGGAACGUCUCAGACACUGAGAGAUGCUGCAAACAUUGAGAAAGGGAUGAUGAUUGUGUGGGGAAUGAACGGGAAAGCGUUAUCACCGGAUCAUGGGUUCCCUUUGAGGAUGGUCAUUCCGGGUCAGAUCGGCGGGAGAUCGGUCAAAUGGCUAAGGAGCAUCGUGGUGAGCGACAAAGAGUCUCAGCAUCACCUUCACUUCUUCGACAAUAGGAUACUGCCCACGCAAGUGACUGCCCAACAAGCCCGCGACGAAAAGCACUGGUGGUACGACAGGAAUUACUUAAUCAGCGAUCUCAACGUCAACAGCGCUAUAGCUCAGCCCAGCCACAACGAAAUAGUGGACCUCUCCAAGCCGACAGCAUCGGGACGAAGAGUCACGCGAGUGGAGAUCUCGCUGGACAACGGCAACUCGUGGAAGAUCAGCGACAUAGUGUAUCCAGAGGAUCUGUACCGAAUGGUGGCACUUGAGAGCAGGUAUUACGGAACGCUGGACUUGACUGAGCGUGACACCAGUUUCUGCUGGUGUUUCUGGAAGUAUACCGUAUCCGUCGAUGAGCUCUCGAAGAGUGAUGUGAUAAUGGUCAGGGCUAUGGACCAAGGUCUCGGAAUUCAGCCACAAGACAUGUACUGGACUGCCACCGGAAUGAUGAACAACUGGUGGUUCCGCGUUGCUGUCCGCCACGAUGUCAAGGACGGUGCCGAUAUUUUACGCUUUGAGCAUCCGACAUUAGCCGGCGUUACUCCUGGAGGAUGGAUGGAGCGAAUGAAAAAUACGGGCUUGGAUCCUUUAACACCGGAAUUCAGUGCUUCCAAACAGAAAAAUAAUCACGUCGAACCUCCCAAAAAGCCCGAACCCGCCAGCAUGACCAACCCCGAAGUCAAUCGAGGGCGAAGGAAAGAAGCCCUCUUUAUCGUGGAAGGGAAUGUCUACGAUGGGACAGGUUUCCUUGACGAGCAUCCAGGAGGUGCAGACUCGAUUUGGUUGGCCUCAGGCGAAGCAGACGCCACAGAAGAUUUCGUUGCCAUUCACUCUGACGAUGCCAGAACCAAGUUGAGGAAGUUCCAUAUCGGGAAACUUCAAGCUGACGGGGCCGAACAAUCGAGAGACGACUCUGGUGGACCCUCGUCUGUAUUUUUGGAUCGACGAAAAUGGAAGGCUGCCCACCUCGUCAAGAUUACCAGCGUCUCGCACGAUUCCUUCAUCUACCGUUUUGCGCUCCCAUCUCCAGAACAGCCAUUGGGAUUGCCUGUCGGUCAACACGUGUUUGUUCGAUUGCGAAGGAAGGCGACUGGGGAGGUCGUCCAGCGAGCGUACACUCCCGUCUCACAACAAGACGAGCAUGGUCAUAUUGAUUUACUGAUCAAGUUAUACCUACCGUGUGCUGCGUUCCCGCUCGGUGGGAAGAUGACAGUGGGUUUCCACGAGCUUGUUGUUGGUGAUACUGUAGAGUUCAAAGGGCCUCUCGGCUCUUUCGUCUGGGAAGGCAAGGGAAACCUGAGAUGGAAAGGCGUCCCUCGCUCAGGAAUACGACAUCUGGGUCUCAUUUGUGGAGGAAGUGGAAUCACCCCAAUACUCCAGGUCCUUCGGAGCGUCCUGCACGACGGAGAAGACUCAGAGACCCAUCUUUACCUCCUCGACGUCAACAGAACGGAGUCAGACAUAUUAUGUUGGGGAGAGCUUGACACAUGGUAUGAACUGCACGGCGAUAAAGCCCGGGAUAUCUCUAGAAGGAGACUCAAGAUACACUAUACGCUUAGUCGACCAUCACCCCAAUGGACUUUCGGUACGGGAAGGGUCAAUGAUGGGAUGCUAGAAACUCAUAUGCCUCCUCCAUCCGAUGAUGCGAUGGUCUUGGUAUGCGGCCCUGGCGGUAUGGUAGAUGACGCCGUGAAGCCUGGCUUGGAAAGACUUGGAUGGGAUGUUUCCAGAGCGCUUGUUGUGUUUUAGUUAUGAUGUCUGCUAGAAAACCGGCCCAGCUGCACCGCUUGAUUGAGUUGGCGACAGACUCUUUUAGGUGAACUGCUUUUGGCUGGUUCCGAAGUCACUCCGGUGCCACCAUCCCGAUGCAUUUAAAUUUAAUGGAGGUUGUAUGACUUGUGUGUGCCGGCCUCAGCGCCUCGGUUUUUCUUCUGGGCAUCCGCCGUGCCCCUUGCUAGGUCAAGCCCAUAUUCACGUGUCUUUCUUUUAUGCGCGCCCGCUGAGCGCUUCGGCCUCCGUGCCUUCUCAUCUGCGUCGGCAGUACGCUUCGGCUUCUCAGCUACUACCUCUUGCGUCCGCUGCACGUUUUUGAUUGUUUUCGAUCCACAGCUUUUUUCUCUUUCUCACGUCCGCGCACGCUGUUGAACUAAUUUUCUUAUCAGUUUGGUUAUAGGA